AUGGCCGAUCGCUCCUCGUACCGGCAUUCGAAUGCCUCGGAUUCCGACUCGCAACACACUUUCCACAUCGCCCAAAAUGCCCCCUCAAUACUGCCCAAACCACCGGCUCCUGCCAUCCUCCGAAACUCGUCGGGAGAGCUGAACGAGAAGCAAGACCAUGGCUACGACCACGACCUCGAGAAGCAGGCCAACAGGUCGCCUCGCAGGACGCUGGACAUGGCUGAGCGAUACAACCCUUAUCCCAGUCGCUCCCCGUACGAUCAGUCCAGCUUGUCUUCGGAUGAGAGCGAUCAUCUAGUAGACCAACGUCUACAUCUCGAGUCCAAAGCUAUCAAGAUACUGCUGUACCUCUCCGGUCCUUGUGUCUUGGUUUCCUUCCUUCUCUGUGUUUGGUCACUGGUCAUUACCUUCUUCACUGUCUUGACAUAUCCUCUACGACUCCUCUCGGCCUCUCGUCAGCCCCUUUCUGACGAGCUCCGAUCUCUUCUCGCCCGCUCAAACCGUCUACAACUACGAGCAAUCUACUCCUUCAACAUCACUCAAGGAAAGAGCGUCUCUAGUCUGCUGCUCGUCCAUGCUUCGUCGCCCUUCGUCGCUAUGGCCGUGUCUCUGAGCGCCUGGGCUGUUGCCAUCUACUGGGUGUUUGCCGCCAUGAUCGGUGACCCUGACGGCACCGAAGGUGGCAACGACGGCAGAGCCACCGUGCUCGGUCUUCGAGCCUACUGGGAAAUGUGGCUUUGCAAGGCCAUGAUCCAAUAA